GUUCGCGAACUGCACUUCACUAAAGAAAUGUAGGGCAGCUUGAAUCAGUGAAGGAGGUGGCCAGCAACGGGACCGGUUGAAGUUUCACUUAAGAAACCACCUAUUGUUGACAUUUGCCGAAGUUAUUCAAUGUCAUGCCACGUAGAGAAAACGGGAACAAUAUAUUAGAUUCAUGCUAUAUUUUUGCUCACUCUUCGUUGUCUAAACAACUUGUGUUGUCCUUCGCAAGGAAAUUGUAGGAACCUUCCAGUGGCGUUCCACUGUGUCACUCGGAACUAUUUCUUAACCGGACUAUGGGAACACUUGUUAUCCUCAAAGGUUCAGGAAGAAACACGAUGAAGGAAAUUACAGUUUAAAUGAUAGCGUACAAUAUAAUUAGAGACGUGAAAUAUACAGCUCCGGGAGAAGUUUGAAGUAUUCAAGUAUGGAGUCGGGUCGACGGAAAGGUCUCAACGGGUUCCUGUCUUCCUUGUCACUGCUCUGUGUCAUUCUGGACAUCCAGUUGAACGGUGUCUUGGGGGCAACUCAUGUGGAGAUUGAGCAGCACUUGGAGAUGGGCCGUAAGCUGUUGGCCGCCGGUCAACUGGCGGAGGCUUUGUCCCACUACCACUAUGCAGUGGAGGGAGACUCUAAGAACUACCUCACCUACUACAAGCGGGCAGCUGUGUUUCUGGCCAUGGGGAAGUCCAAAUCAGCCCUUCCAGAUCUGACCAGAGCCAUCCAGCUCAAACCAGACUUCCUGGCUGCCAGACUGCAGAGAGGGAAUAUCCUCCUGAAGCAGGGCAACACCCAGGAUGCUCGGGAGGACUUUGAGACUGUGCUGCAGCGCUCCCCUUACCAGGAGGAGGCGCGGGACCAGUUGAUGAGGGCCAACGAGCUGGUGGAGCUGCGGGAGGAGGCCCACGCGGCCCACCACAGAGGAGACUACAGCACCACCAUCACUGUGCUGGACCGCGUCGUAGAGCUCUCCCCCUGGGACCCUGAGUCUCGGGAGCUCCGGGCUGAAUGCUACAUCCGCCUGGGAGAUCCCAGGAAGGCCAUCCAGGACCUGACUCCCACCACCCAGCUGAGGAAUGACAACCGAGCUGCCUUCCUCAAGCUCAGCAAUCUGCACUAUGACCUGGGGGAGCACCAGGAGUCACUAGGUCACGUCCGAGAGUGUCUGAAGCUGGACCAGGAUGACAAGGACUGUUUCUCGCACUACAAACAGGUGAAGAAGCUCAGCAAGCAGCUGGACUCUGCCGAGGAGCACAUCGAGGAGGCAAGGUAUCAGGAGGCCAUAGACAAGUAUGAGUCAGUGAUGAGAACAGAGCCUAAUGUGCCAUACUACACCAACAAGGCCAAUGAGAGGAUCUGCUUCUGCCUGGUCAAGAACAAGAUGGCUGCUAAGGCAAUAGACAUCUGUUCUGAAGCCCACCAGAGAGACCCACGCAACAUCAACAUCCUCCGAGACAGAGCUGAGGCUUUCAUCCUCAACCAGGACUACGAGAAAGUGACGGCAUUCUGUACCAUACAAGGACAUGGGAGUUUCGUGUACGAGCUAAAAUAG